AUGAAUUAUGUACUUCCUAGAAGUAAAUAACAAUGCAUUGUUAUUGAGGGUUUGUUUUUACCAAAUUUAAAGUAAAAAGAAGAAGUAUAAUUUCUGUACUGUUUUCUAAAAUUAGCAUAUUUUACCAAAACUUGCAUAAUUAGUGGCAUAAUUUUAGAAAUAUACGAGCACUGGUAGUAGGAUAUUAUGCUACUUUUACGGGGUCAGUCUUUCAAAGCCUAUCUAGGGGUGCGUUUUUUUGAGAAAAUCCAAAUCUGGAUUUCCGAAUCCAAAAACGGAUUUUGCGUCUUUUUGCGCAAAUCCAAAAACGGAUCAUGAAUCCAUAAAAUCCACUCUCUGUGAGUGGAUUCUUCGGAUCAAAUCUAAAUCCGGAUUUUUGAGAUUCACAAUCUGAGCGUUUUUUUUGGGAAAGGAUUCGAAAAAAGUAUUUUUGACAGAUUGUAACUGAACUUAUGUUGCUGACACCUUCACUUUUAGCCAUUAGUUACAUAUCAUUCCAUGUUUGCUAUCUAUUUCUCAAACUCAUUAAUAAUUCAUAAAGAAAAUACAAAGAAAAUUAAUGUUUAAUGAGUGUUUGAAAAUCGGAUGAAAAACUGCUCAGUAUUUGCAUCCUUAAUUUCUCCUUCAAAAAUGAUUUUGUUUGAGAAGAAAUAUCAAACAUUCGACACAGUGUUUCAUCACCAGAUGAAACACCUCGAAGUUCGUCAAAAAUACUCCGCUGCGCGUCGUAUUUUCAACUCUCUUCUCGGUGUUUCAUCUGGUGAUGAAACGCUGCGUCUCAUGUUUGAUAUAUUACUUAAAUUCGUAGACUGUUUUGAAAUCCCUACUUGUCAUGUUUUGUGCACAUAUGUAGUGUCUGCUUACGCCGGUAUAUUUUUCAAGUAAUUAAAAAAAAACGGUUGAUCGGCUUCAGUUUUAAAUUGUUAUAAUUUUACCAUCCUUAGGAGAGUAAUACAAUCCUGGUCAAAACGUUUGGAACAUUGUAUUUAAGGUCAGGGAAAUGCAAUUCAACUUUACCCCACACCUCCACUCCCCCCUGGACAGUUAAGUGUUGGGUGUUACAAGUCAAAAACACCUUUAACAUAUCUUGCACACGUUAAGGAUCCCAACGUUGUUCGGGAAGGGGGCCGGGGGAGUUGGGAGGAAAAUCUUGUUAAGGUCGUGUUUAUGAGUGCGCCAUUGCUGGUUAGCUGCAAAUUCCAUAGAGACGCGCGUGAAAAAGGGGAGGUGUCCCAAAACCUUUUGGCCAGGAUUGUAGGUUUAUGAAGAGGAGGAAGAAGCAGAUUGACAACUACAGGAAACGAUUCAAAUUGUUUCUAGAUAGAACCAUAGUCAAGGUCAGUCAGACGUGAGAUCAUCAAAGUCUUGGAAAUUGAUUCAGAAUUGACUCCUCUUUGUGUUACUUUAUUUAGCUCAAGUAAAUCUACCCGACAUGCCUUUCCAGGCACAAAUUAACCGUAUGAACGAGGACGUUCGAGAACAAAACGAAAAACUGAAGCAACUCAAGGAACUGGACCUUUUCGUUUUGGAAAAUUCCUUCCGAGAAAGCACUUUGGGACAGAUUCAUAGCCAUAGUGUCGAAAAGAGAUGGAAAAUAUACAAUGAGGUGAGCCAGUCCUAUUUGAAAAUUUCUUAUAUGAUUACUCUAUAAAGUGAUCAAAAGAAUAAAAUUUGGAGACUGGAAGAGCGUGAUAUGAUGUUCGCUUGUUAAGAACUUCAACUUAAUGUGUUUCUUUUCUUCUCUUCCCCCUCGAUUUCGUUAGUUUUCUGAAUCUGCCUCUUCCUUCUCCUCCUCUUUUUGCAUUUCCUUCUUCUCUCCCGUUCUCUUUUUCUGUCCAUCAUCCUCUUCUACUUGUCCCAGUCUCCUCCAACCCUUUGUCCUUUCUUCAACGCGUUUCUUCUUCUCCUCUUGCUCCUCCACUUUCUGCUUCAUCUUCUCCUGAUUCUGCUCCUUCUUUUCCUUUCAUCUUCCUCCCUCCGCUUCCUUGUCCUCUCUUCCCCUCCUACCCCCUCCUUAUGACUCCCACUCUUCUCUUCUUCCUUCCCCACCCUUCUUUUUCACCUUUUCCUUCUCUUCCUUCUUCUUUUUAUCCAUAUUCUUCUCUUCGUCUCUCUUCUGUCACUCUUGCCUACUAAUAAUUCCCCCCGCUACUCCCAGAAACUAGCCUUACAAAACAAAAAUUGGAACGCCCUGACUCGUUAUUCAUCUACAGGUGAAAAAAUUAGGCUUCCAGAAUAUCAUCCUCGCAUCGUUUAAGCACAAGACCCGUCUGGAAGACACAUUCUGUCGUCAACUUAAAGAAAAAGGAGAAGACUUCAGUAAUUUUUUUGCCUUCUCGGAGUUCAUUGAAUCUGUCAACAAAGAUAGAUAUCCCGAUACAGUAACUGUUCCCAUUGGUUUACAAAAAAUGAAAGAGUAUGGCAUCAAACAUCCCAUUAUUGAGGUUGACUUAGUCCACAGUGGCAUCGACUACAAGAAGUUUCUUUGUGAAGAUAUCAACAAGCUUCUGUCUCAUCAAAUGAGGUGGGUGAGAGAAAAUCUUUCCAAGGAUUCCCGCAUAUUCAUCAACCUCCGCGACUUUCCUCAGAGUAUGCAGAGGAAGCCUGAACGAAUUUUCCAAGUGGUCCAUUACUUAUCGUCUUUGCCCCCAAGUGAGCGUCCCUUUGGUCUGAUGUACGAAGAACCAACUGGCGAGUCCAUGCCACAAGAACUCGGUGCCUGGACGGCGGCAGUUCGUAGAGAGAUGAACGAUUGUUGUUGGAAGGACGGUAAGCUAUUGGUGCAUGUCCACGAGCAAUGGGGAAUGGCUGACUGCACCGCGUUGGAGUGUCUUGCCAGGGGAGCAGAUGGUAUUUGGGCGAGUUUGAUUAGAGAAGGUGGCGCUACUGGUCACGCUUCCUCUAGCGUGACCAUAAUGAACUUGGUCCGUCUUGGAAAUCAAAAGGUUUUACAACAGUUUAACUGUAGGUACCUUCGUAAAGCCGCUCAAGAGGUCACUAGGAUCAUCACUGGGUUGGAACCUCAUUCAACACAGGUUGUGUAUGGUGAGAGAGCCCUUGAUAUGGUUCUGGGAGUUCCCCAUUUGCAGCCAUACAAGCAAGAAUUUGAUGUUGCCAAGUUCUUUGGAGAAGUGCCUACAAUACGAGUACCUACCAUGGCCACACCUAAAAUGAUCGCUGAAAGACUAAAACAUUUGUUCGGAGAGGAUCCCCAGUUCACGGAGGAAAUAGGCAUGAGAAUGAAAGAGGUCAUGCUGGAAGAUCUACACAACAACAGGAAAGAGGAAUACCUGAGCGCAGUUGGUCUUGCAGUUCUAUUUGACCGGUCUGGUGGCCAACUAACCGCCAAGAUGAGCGACGUGAUUGCAGCACAUGUUCCAAACGAGGCUCACGGUCAAGAAUUGAUCAACGAAAUUCGGCAAAUGUGGAAUGAGUGGGAUCUUAGAGAGGAAUCCAAAAGAGAUGACGACCUUGAGUUCGACUCAUUUUACAACGGCUUCAUGGCGCCCUACUUUAGCUUCUAUAGAUGCGAAGACAUCACAAAGCGCGCAUUGAAGGCGAUCGACAUAGAUGGGGACAGCAGAGUGGAUUGGAAAGAGUUUGUACUGUACCUCAAGUGGGCCAUACGUCAGUAUCCUCGGUCAAUGACCGCAAAAGAGCUCCUGUUCAUUGCUUUUCGAAAGGGCAUCAUUCCGGCCAUGCAGGAUGUGGUCAUCUUGCAAACCACGGAAAAAAGAAUCAAUUCCGAAAAAGCCUAA